CAUACAGUGAUAUAUAUAAAAUAGUCCCAGUAAUGAAGAUCUCUUCAUUACAUUUCCUCCCUCCUCUCUUAAAAGCACAGUACCUCAGUCCUCCGACACUCUGGAUAAACAGUCAGCAACCACAUUAGCCUUCCCUGGCUUGUACUGGACCGUGAAGUCAAAUGGCUGCAGCGCCAAGUACCAUCCAGCGAUGCGGGCGUUGGCAUCCCUCAUUCGUCUCAACCACUGGAGGGCACGAUGGUCUAGAGAUGAGUGGGCGGUUCGUCUGGUCCCUCUGCUGACCGGUAAGGCCCGCACAGCCUAUGUUCUAAUGGAUAUGGCUGACUCUGAGAACUAUGACAAAGUGAAAGAGGCAAUUCUGGCAAAAUAUGAAAUCACUGCUGACACUUAUCGACGCCGCUUCAGAUGCCUGAAGAUUGAAGCAGGUGAGACGCCACGUGAACUUUAUGUGCGAUUAAAAGACUUGUUUUCAAGAUGGAUUAAACCUGAUAAAUCUACUGUGCAAGAAAUAUCCGAGCAGAUAAUUCUGGAGCAGUUUUUAAGAAUGGUUAAUCCAGAGUUGGAGAUCUGGAUCCGUGAGCGCGACCCGAAGACGGCAAAAGAAGCAGCUACUCUUGCAGAGGUCUUCACAUCAGCCAGGAAGGGGAGCAAGAGCACCUAUUUUGGCCGAGAGACUCACUAUGCCCCAUCAAGUAAGUCCACUGGGGGUGAACAGGGCUCUGGUCAAAGUCAGGCUAGAAAUUUUUCUAGUUCAAAGCAGCUCCCUUCUCAAAGACCUCCCAAUGUUAAAAAGUCAUUUCACAAGUCUUCUGUCCAAGAUAUUAGAUGUUACAAUUGUAAUGGCUUUGGCCAUACACAACACUUUUGCCCCGCCCUUAAAUCAAAGCCAUCACUUUUGUGUUCAGUUCCAAGACCAGCUAUUGAGGCUGUGGAAAAGAAAGUUUGUACAGUUUCUGUUCUAGUGAAUGGGCAGAAAGAAGAAGCUUUGCUUGAUUCUGGGUGCUUCCACUCUCUAGUGCAUGCUAGCUUAAUUUCUGAAGAAAAGCUAAGUGGGGUGGGGGUUAAAAUAAAAUGUGUACAUGGAGAUGAACAUGUCUACCCUAGUGCUGAGGUGUAUUUGACAGUGGGAGGUCAAACAUACCUGGUACAUGUAGCUGUAGUUCCCUCUUUGCCAUACUCAGUUAUACUUGGUAAUGAUAUCCCACUUCUGACACCACUUGUGACAAGACGACCUUUAGCGGUUGGGUUUUUGUUCAGUAAGAAGAGUCUUGAACCAGAGUCAGGUGGAGAACAGCAGCAGUUUAUUUGUCACUCAGCAUCAACACCCUUUCACAGCUGAAACUGCAGUCUUAAAUAGUACCAGCUGUGACAGACCAAACCAUAUUAAAUUCACAGGGGAAUUACUUCAUCAAUCUCCACCUAUUUACAUAAAAUACAUUUUAUUAAAUAUAAUACUUCUAUUUACUUUUUAUAAAUAUUUUCCAUUUUAUCAUUACACCUUAAAUAAACACCAUAAAACCCCUAAACAAUUCCCCCCCUAGUCCUUUCAAUGGCCUCUCCCAGAAUCUAUAUAUGGCAUCUGGACCCCCGGGGUAGAAUUUGUCCAAACACCCUGGAGAGGACACAGAAAAGACAGGCAACAGCAACCAACCUCACUCAUCAAUGAGGAGCAGCUGUGCAGAGCCCAGAACAAAGGCUACAUACUAAUUGCUAAAAUGCUCAAUAAAUAUAAUUAAAACUUCUUGUGUGCAAAUUUCUGCUUAAAGUGCAAAUGCUAAAUAAAGUGU